AUGAUGGGCCCACAUCAAAACCCAAUCGAGAUUCACAAAAGGUACCGCAAAGAAGCUUUAAUGAUUCUGACGGAAAAAUGUCCGAAAUCAUCAAUUCUAGAGUUGCAUCUCCACUUUUUGCAAAAGGUGGAAACCUCCCAAAACUGGGAAUCUAGUCCAAAGAAUAGAAUCGAUCAUUCACAAACAGCGAAAAAAGAUGGAAAUACCCUUUUGAAGGAACAUAUUGGGCGGCAGUUUCCGAUGUCACCGAGCUUGUUGCAUGAUGGUGGUUUAACAAGCAAGGGAUAUGAGUCUGGAUCAGGUGGUGGUGGUUGUUUCUGUUUUAACAAGAGGCGGAAUAGGAGGGGGAAGGUGUUGGUUAUUGGAGGCUCAACAUGUACUAUGCUUGAAGAUUUACAAGUUAUUGGAGGAAGGUUUUCUGAAAUUGGGAUUAUAAACAACUGA